AUGCCGUCGUUUCGGAUUCCUGCGUUUUUCCGCCCUCGUCACUCUUUUAAUCGUUUACGCUCCUUUCACCUUUCGCCAGAUCAGGUAUCUGGGCUGGCGACCACACAAGCCCCAGUGGGUGGCACAAUAACCCCGGAACUCAAACAGAACUCCAAUGGAAUAGUUGAAAAAAUGCGUACAACUUCCAUCAAGUCGAAGAGAUCCAUUGCCCUGGCUCCUCGCCCCUCCAACUUGUCGAUACCUCUUCGUGGUAGUACCAUCGUAAAGCUCGCCGUUGUGACGUCCUUAUUCUUCAUUAUGUCCAUUUCAAUGGCUUUUCUUGGCGCCGACCAGGACGAACCUUUUUUCAAGCGCACCCUGAACGAUGUGGCCACCAAUUCUCCUGGGGUGGUUCUCGUUGGCGAAAGCGUUGAUGUCGACAUCGAUGAGCCGUCGAUAACCAUACGUUGGUCAAUCGUAGCAUGCGGUGAAGCCUUUAUGCUUCCUGGCACUGCUGGUGCUCAUGGAAGUGGUUCGUGCGGACUGCCCGCUUCUCCUAUUCAUUUCUUUGUGGAUAGCGAUAUCGCGCCAACCGCUACAUACGAUCCAACUACAAUACCAUUUAAUAAAGAUACGGGCUUGCGCAGGAGUAUCCAAAAUCUUGUGCAAUUUGAUAGUGAUCACGUCCUCGAUGUACACGAAGCACGCUUGUACCCUUUCGAUAAUUAUGUGCUUUCAAGCACAAUUCGCGCAGCUUCAUUCGAUAACCAAACCAUCCCUAUCCAAAAGAUCGCCACCAUCGAUGUUACAUCUAGUUUUGAUAUCCUGACUAUUGACGUCGAGAGUUUCUCAACGACUGGGAAUGGCGCUCAACAAGUCAGCCGGGACAUCGAUAUGCACGUCAGCCGACCAAACGGAGCCCGUUUCUUCACCCUGCUACUGUUCGCCAUAAGCUGGUUGUUAACACACGUAACAAUUGGACAUGUUAUGGUUGCUCGCAGGCUUUUUGGGAUGAGAAAUAUACUUCCCCACCUCGUCUCGUCCGGUGCAAUCCUGAUUGCCAUCCCUCAGCUGCGCAAUAGUAUGCCAGAUGCUCCCGGACUAGAUGACUGUAUCGGCUUCUUCCCUCAAAUGAUAAUUGUCUCUAUAUCGACAAUUAUUUUGCUCCUUAUUCUUGUUGUUCGUGAAAUGGAUAACAUGUCACAUCCUCCUCCUCGGCCAGCACCAGUGGUAUUCCCUCCUAGACCACCACCGACAGUGUUUCCCCCGAUUCCUAGAAGUCCCUCAGUACAAACUCAAUUUUCUCGUCCACCCCGGUCACCUACGGCGAAUUCUUCUUCUAAGGAAAUCUCUCAGUGGGAGAUGCACCGAAUGCUGAAACACCUGAAGGGCGAGUUUGUAUUCCCACCCGUGAAACCCUCCCAUCGCAUCCAACCAUCUGACAAGAGCAGUCCCUCACAUCGGAGGAUAAAGACUAUGUCGAAGAUCAUGGAGGCUGGCGAAGUCUCCCACUGGUCCGAAGACGAAUGA